UAUCGACACAAAGGUUAUGCUUCAAAGUUAGUGGAAUUGUUGAGUGAUAAAUUUAAAAUCGAAUACAAGGCAAAAUUUUCAUACUUGUACUCUGAAAUUGGUCCUAAUUUUUAUCCUAGAUUAGGUUGGAAAAUUUUUUCGCAUAAAGAGAUCAGAUUUAAUGUUGACAAUAAAUACUUGACACCUUUAGAAAAUUCUGAAUCGAUCAUUGCAAUUAAUAAUUCUAACUUAGAAUAUGUAGUUAAUAAAGAUUGCGAAUUGAUCAAAAAUGAUCUCGGGAAAUUGAACAAGAAAAGCGUAGCAAUAUUACCUACUAAACCUGCUUUUUACUGGUUAUUUCAAAAAACCAAGCUAUAUUCAAAUUUUCUUACGGAUGAUAACGAUUCAAAACUUUUUGGCGCCAUCAUUAUGAAUGAAAAAAAUAAUUCUAUUAGCAAGAAUUUCAACGAAAAUUUCAAUGAUGAAUUGCUUGAAAAUUUCAUUAUGUGGAAUCAUGACUUUAAAGACAAUAAAUUAUUCAUAAUCAGAUUUCGUAGCGAUUCUCCAUAUAAAACUC